AAUUAUUAAAAAAAUCAUUUGCGCCUAACCAUGAAAGUGGGGAAACUUAUGAUACAUACCUCAAUUUGAUAUAUGGGCCACAAAGUGAAAGUGAUAAAGAAGGAAUAGAAGAUUCAGAUAGUUCAACAAGUAAAGAAGAUGAAAUUCUAUCUGAUGGUUCACGUCAACACUGGCAAUAUGCCAAUCGCCAAUUUAGACAAAAAAUGUGGAAAGAAAAUUCUGAAAAAGAUAUAGAUGAUUUCAAUAAUGUUGAGUAUUUACCAGCUGCUGAUACUGAUGGUCUUCUUAAAAAAGUUCAGGCAGCUAUUUUCUUAUCACUUGAUAAGUUGUGGUCAGCACAAUCUGAUUUGGUUCAAAUUGCUACAAUACUCGAUCCUCAAUUUAAAGAUUUCAAAUGGGAUAAUACGGGUGAAGAAAAAGAUGCGUCACUUAAAUUAUUGCAAAAUCAAUAUGAUUCUGCAAAAGAUUUUCAAACCAGAGAUGUCCAUGAUCAAUCAACUCAACAAACAACACCUACUUGUAAUAGUACGGAUGAUGAUGAUGAUUUUUUUCAAGCAUUAGAACAUAAAGAAUCAGGCAGUACAUUUUUAACUGAGGAUGAAAUGUUGAUCAGCAUCCUUUAG